CCUAAUCUCAACCGUCGGAUGGAUUUCAUCCUUAUCUCAACCAGAUAAUAAUAGGAUAGAUUUCAUCUUGAUCUCAACCGUUGAAUGGAUUUCAUCCUAAUCUCAACCGUCGGAUGGAUUUCAUCCUUAUCUCAACCGGAUAAUAAUAUGAUAGAUUUCAUCUUGAUCUCAACCGUUGAAUGGAUUUCAUCCUAAUCUCAAUCAUCGGAUGGAUUUCAUCCUUAUCUCAAUCGGAUAAUAAUAGGAUUUCAUCCUAAUCUAUAAAAAUGAACAUCAUUUAGGUAAAUAACUCAGGAUUUCCAAUUCAUUUCAAAAUCAAAUCAAACAUUCUUAUUUGUCUUCUAAAAAUGAAUUUCUAUACUGGAGGUUCUUCUAAUAAUAAUGAUGAAAAUUCCUCUUCAUCAUCAGCAUCAUUAGAUUAUUGCAGAAGAGCAGCAAGUAAUCUUGCAAAAUAUUCGCAUGAACAACUAUAUGUUGCAAUAUUUGCAAGAAUAUCAAAAUAAUGAAGUUUUCAGAGUUGGCUCUGUUCUAGGUCAUUUAGUAAUCAAUCGAGAUCGUGAAGCAGUUGAUAAUAAUUUAUUUCUCGACUAUUUUUCAGAUAAUCCACAUUAUAAUGAUGGUAUGUUUCGUCGUCGAUAUCGGAUGUCCCGAAAUUUGUUUCUUCGUAUUGUUGAUGCAAUUAAAGCUCAUGAUAUGUACUUCGAAUAACGUACAAAAAAUCUGCUGUACAAAAAAUCACAGCUGUGUUUAGAAUGUUGGCAUACGGCUUGCCAACGGAUGCCACUGAUGAAUAUGUGAAAAUUGAAGAGUCAACUGCAAUUGAAAGCAUGAAGAGAUUUUCUCCAGCUAUCGUAGAGGUUUUUGGCCAGCAGUAUCUGAGAUCACCAAUAUCUAACGAUGUUGCAAGGCUUCUUCACAUCGGUGAGCAACGUGGUUUUCCAGGAAUGCUAGGUAGUCUAGAUUGCAUGCAUUGGAGAUGGAAAAAUUGUCCGACAGCAUGGGCUGGACAAUAUGCAGGUCGUAGUGGAUCCCCAACAAUAAUUCUUGAAGCUGUAGCUUGGAUAUGGUAUGCAUAUUUUGGUAUGCCCGACACCAAUAAUGACAUUAAUGUUUUAGAAUCGUCACAUCUGUUUUCCAAUCUUGCUAAAGGUAUUGCUCCUCCCGCCCAUUAUGUUAUUCAAGGAAACAAAUAUGAUGUGGGUUAUUAUUUAGCUGAUAGUAUAUAUUCAAAAUGGUCUACAAUUGUGCAAACCAUUCAUGAGCCACAAUCUCAAAAGAAGAAAUAUUUCGCGACGCAACAAGAAUCAUGUCGAAAAGAUGUUGAACGUGCAUCCGGAGUUUUGCAAUCUCGUUUUGCAAUUAUUGCAGGGCCGUCGCGUUUUUGGAGAAAAGAAGUGCUACAUGAUAUAUUAACAUCAUGUAUUAUACUGCACAACAUGAUAAUCGAGGAUGAGCGUGAUCUUAAUGCACUAAUUUAAGAUGCUUGGAAAGGUCCAACUCCAACAUUAGAAAUGGUAGUAGAUGAAAAUUAUCGAUUUGAACAAUUUUUAGCUCGACACAAAAAAAUUAAGAAUAAAGAUGCUCAUUUUGCACUUCGUAAUACAUUAGUAGAGCAUUUAUGGGAGCAACGUACUAAUCAUGAAAGUUGAAUAUUUAUGUAGAAAUUAAAAUAAAUUCUACUUUAAUGUAAUAGUAUUUAUUUAAUUA